UUAAACUAGUUUAGUUCUUCAUUGAAGUCAGCAGUCUCAUUGAUUCGUUUGACUUGGUUCUCUCUCUCAUCCACCAUGGCAUCCAACAAGAUAACACGUUUCCCAUCCUCAGCUCAAACAACAGAAGCAGAUAAGACGCCGAAGAAUGACUCAAAGGUCAAGGUGGGAGUGGUUCAAGCUUCACCAGUUAUUCUAGAUCGAGAGGCUACUCUGGAAAAGGUGGCAAAAAUCACGAGCGAGUAUGGAUGCAAUGGGGCUGGCUUGGAGUUACUCCUCUUUCCUGAAGCCUUCAUUUCGUGGUACCCCAGAGGAAAUAAUUUUGGGGUUGUGAUUGGCUCGAGAACUCAGGAAGGCAGAGAAAUGUUCCAGAAAUAUUGGGAGAGUUCUGUCACUGUACCCGGGCCAGCUACGCAUCGCCUCGGGGAAAUUGCCAGGGACAAUAAACUUCAUUUAGUAAUUGGAGUUAUUGAGAGAGAGGAGAGAAACGGGACUCUUUACUGCACGAUCCUGUACUUUGACCCCUCGGGAGUACUGCUUGGAAAACAUCGUAAACUAAUGCCUACGGCGGGGGAACGAUGUGUGUGGGGAUUUGGGGAUGGCUCUACAAUCCCCGUCUUUGAAACGGACAUUGGUCGCAUCGGGGGUGUAAUUUGCUGGGAAAACUACAUGCCCAUGCUCAGAAUGGCAAUGUAUGCAAAAGGUGUCCAAAUCUAUCUGGCACCGACAGCCGAUUCUCGGGAGGCUUGGCUGCAUUCGAUGCGUCACAUUGCGGUGGAGGGACGAUGCUUUGUUCUCACGUGCAAUCAAUUCGUGAAGCGAAGCGACUACAAGGAAGGUGUCGACUAUCACCAAACAUUUGCGAGUGAUGACCCAGACUCUGUAAUUUGUUCGGGGGGCUCCUGUAUCAUCAACCCGUACGGAGAAUUGAUGGCCGGUCCGAAUUACGAAUCAGAGGUGGUCCUCACCGCAGAGAUAGAUUUGGAUGAGAUCAUCAGGUCGAAAAUAGACUUUGACCCGGUCGGUCACUAUUCUCGUCCGGAUGUGUUCAGCCUCGUGGUGAAUGAAAAACUCAAUUCGGCCGUCACUUUUGUCAAUGGGGCCCCCAAACAGGCUUCCAAUGAAGAAUGUUCUGAAAUUGAAGGGAAAGUUGGCAAACUGCACCUGUAAUUGACUUCAAUGCUGAAAAUUGUCAUAUUUUGGCCACAUUAACUAUAUUAUAAUUAACACUAAUUUGCGAAACAAUAAAUUGUUAGAUAUUGGAAAUCGUUUAGAUUAUUUCGAUCAGGGUCAUAGGUUUUUGCUCUUGUGGGAAUAAUUUGAUGUUACUACAGGUUGUGUAAGUUUAAUCCAGGUUUUUUAAAUUCUAUUAAACUACACAACCUCAGAUUAACAUUAGAUUAAUCCCACUUGGACCCCGGUGUUCUCAUCCGUACUUCUCUGCUGGACGUGUUUUGAAGAAUUCAAAAAAGAAUACUACAUGCAUAGUUCAUAUUCUGUUAUAUGUUUGUAUAUGUAACGAUGUUAUGCAUCCAACAAUAAAAUAAAGUAGUAAAGAUA